AAAAGCUGCCAAAAUUUUCUCCUGCUGCAAUUCAAGUUGGCCGGGGGCCGGUAGUGAGAUCUAGGGCUACUUCAACAAAACUUUGCUGCCCUUCCUGCUCCUCUUGUCUUCUUUUCUCCUGAUACCUUUUGAUGCUCUGCACAUGUUAUUUGCAUAGCAAAGGCACUAAGCUGUCCAGGAAGAGGGCACCACUUCCACCCCCAAUAAGUCUUUUUUUUUUUUUUUCCCUUCCUUCCUUUCUUUCUUUCUUUCUUUUUUUUUUCCUUUUUUUUUUCCCUCUGGUGGGGAGUGUGGGGAGAGAAAGGGGGCUAGCAAAGGCAGCAUCUCAGGGUGAUAGCCUGGAUGUAUUGAAGGCAUCUCUUUUUCUGCCAAGUCGGAAAAUCCGUUCUCUAAAGCCAGGGUUAGACAGACUAUAGGGUUUUAUUCUGGCUGCAGAAUAACUGGCUGGUGUGGCUUUGCAAAGGCGGGGGGGUUGGAGGGGCAAAAAAAAGUUAGAAAGGAGAGGGAGUACGUGAGUCGUCCAGUGCAAUCUCUAUUGUUUGAAACUUAUUUUAUCAGAAUUUGAAGAUGAAAACGGUUAAAAAAUGGCCGUACUUUGGUAAUUAAACAACUUGAUACUUUGCUUAUGAACAUUUUUAUCAUCAUUUUUUUUUCAUUUUGGAUUGAAAAAAAUGAAUCCAGAUAUGGACGAUAGCAUGGGAUUUUGGAAAAAAGUGCCCGUUAAACAGUGGAAGAUGUAAUAAUAACUAAUUUACAAGUUUUAAGAAAUAAAAUUGUUAUGCUUCGAUUUGGGUAUGAUAGUGACUCUCUAGCACAUAGGUAGCCCUCUAAAAAGUCAUCUAGUUUUCUAAAUUAUGGAAAUUUUGUGGAAGACGUUGACCUGGAUUUUGAGCCUCAUUAUGGCUUCAUCGGAAUUUCAUAGCGACCACAGGCUUUCAUACAGUUCUCAAGAGGAAUUCCUGACUUAUCUUGAACACUACCAGCUAACUAUUCCAAUAAGGGUUGAUCAAAAUGGAGCUUUUCUCAGCUUUACUGUGAAAAAUGAUAAACACUCAAGGAGAAGACGGAGUAUGGACCCUAUUGAUCCACAGCAGGCAGUAUCUAAGUUAUUUUUUAAACUUUCAGCCUAUGGCAAGCACUUUCACCUAAACUUGACUCUCAAUACAGAUUUCGUGUCCAAGCAUUUUACAGUAGAAUAUUGGGGAAAAGAUGGACCCCAAUGGAAGCAUGAUUUUUUAGACAACUGUCAUUACACAGGAUAUUUGCAAGAUCAACAUAGUACAACUAAAGUGGCUUUAAGCAACUGUGUUGGGUUGCAUGGUGUUAUUGCUACAGAAGAUGAAGAAUAUUUUAUUGAACCUUUAAAGAAUACCACAGAGGAUUCUAAGCAAUUUAGUUAUGAAAAUGGCCAUCCUCAUGUUAUUUACAAAAAAUCUACCCUUCAACAACAACAUCUGUAUGAUCACUCUCACUGUGGGGUCUCAGAUGUCAUAAGAAGUGGCAGACCCUGGUGGCUGAAUGACACAUCUACUUUUCCUUCUUCACUGCCAAUCAACAACACCCACAUCCGCCGCAGACAGAAAAGAUCAGUGAGCAUUGAGCGGUUUGUGGAGACGUUGGUAGUAGCUGACAAAAUGAUGGUGGGCUACCAUGGCCGCAAAGACAUUGAACAUUACAUUUUGAGUGUGAUGAAUAUUGUUGCCAAACUUUACCGUGAUUCCAGCCUAGGAAACGUUGUGAAUAUUAUAGUGGCUCGCUUAAUUGUUCUCACAGAAGAUCAGCCAAACUUGGAGAUAAACCACCAUGCAGACAAGUCCCUCGAUAGCUUCUGUAAAUGGCAGAAAUCCAUUCUCUCUCACCAAAGUGAUGGAAACACCAUUCCAGAAAAUGGGAUUGCCCACCACGAUAAUGCAGUUCUUAUUACUAGAUAUGAUAUCUGCACUUAUAAAAAUAAGCCCUGUGGAACACUGGGCUUGGCCUCUGUGGCUGGAAUGUGUGAGCCCGAAAGGAGCUGCAGCAUUAAUGAAGACAUUGGCCUGGGUUCAGCUUUUACCAUUGCACAUGAGAUUGGUCACAAUUUUGGUAUGAACCAUGAUGGAAUUGGAAAUUCUUGUGGGACGAAAGGUCAUGAAGCAGCAAAACUUAUGGCAGCUCAUAUUACUGCAAAUACCAAUCCUUUUUCCUGGUCUGCCUGCAGUCGAGACUAUAUCACCAGCUUUCUAGAUUCAGGCCGUGGUACUUGCCUUGAUAAUGAGCCUCCCAAGCGGGACUUUCUUUAUCCAGCUGUGGCUCCAGGUCAGGUGUAUGAUGCCGAUGAGCAGUGUCGUUUCCAGUACGGAGCAACAUCCCGCCAAUGUAAAUAUGGGGAAGUGUGUAGAGAGCUCUGGUGCCUCAGCAAAAGCAACCGCUGUGUCACCAACAGUAUUCCAGCAGCUGAAGGGACACUGUGUCAAACUGGGAAUAUUGAAAAGGGGUGGUGUUAUCAGGGAGAUUGUGUUCCUUUUGGCACUUGGCCCCAGAGCAUAGAUGGGGGCUGGGGUCCCUGGUCACUAUGGGGAGAGUGCAGCAGGACCUGCGGGGGAGGCGUCUCCUCAUCCCUAAGACACUGUGACAGUCCAGCACCUUCAGGAGGUGGAAAAUACUGCCUUGGGGAAAGGAAACGGUAUCGCUCCUGUAACACAGAUCCAUGCCCUUUAGGUUCCCGAGAUUUUCGAGAGAAACAAUGUGCAGACUUUGACAAUAUGCCUUUCCGAGGAAAGUAUUAUAACUGGAAACCCUAUACUGGAGGUGGGGUAAAACCGUGUGCAUUAAACUGCUUGGCUGAAGGUUACAAUUUCUACACUGAACGUGCCCCUGCAGUGAUUGAUGGGACCCAGUGCAAUGCGGAUUCUCUGGAUAUCUGUAUCAAUGGCGAAUGCAAGCAUGUAGGUUGUGAUAAUAUUUUGGGAUCUGAUGCUAGGGAAGAUAGAUGUCGAGUCUGUGGAGGGGAUGGAAGCACAUGUGAUGCCAUUGAAGGGUUCUUCAAUGAUUCGUUGCCCAGAGGAGGCUACAUGGAAGUGGUGCAGAUCCCAAGAGGCUCUGUUCACAUUGAAGUCAGAGAAGUGGCCAUGUCGAAGAACUAUAUUGCUUUAAAAUCUGAAGGGGAUGAUUACUAUAUUAAUGGUGCCUGGACUAUUGACUGGCCUAGGAAGUUUGAUGUUGCUGGGACAGCUUUUCACUACAAGAGACCAACAGAUGAACCAGAAUCUCUGGAAGCUCUAGGUCCCACCUCGGAAAAUCUUAUUGUCAUGGUUCUGCUUCAGGAACAGAAUUUGGGAAUUAGAUAUAAAUUCAACGUUCCCAUCGCUCGAACUGGCAGUGGAGAUAAUGAGGUUGGCUUUACUUGGAAUCAUCAGCCUUGGUCAGAAUGUUCAGCUACUUGUGCUGGAGGUAAGACACUUACUAGGCAGCCCACCCAGAGGGCAGAAUGGAGAGCAAAACAUACUCUGAGCUGUGCUUUGUUGUUUGCUAAAGGAGCUAAUUGGAAACAUUUCUUGCAGGUUUGCUUCAAGCUGUAAUUUAGCAAAAGAAACUUUGCUUUAAUUAUAUUAUAUUCCGUUUGUUUUCAACCUCAUAUAAUUUGUACAGAUUUGUUGGUAAAAUACAUCUUGGCACGAUGAGUGUCUGUCUGCUGGUGCUUCUCCCAAGACUAUCUUGAAGGUGGGCUGUUUGCUUUCCGUGAACACAUUCUUAUAAAGAACAUCGAGAGUUUUAAAUAAGAAAAUGAGCAAGAAUCAGACGUCACAGAUGCAACUUCUUGUAAUGGGGAAUGAGAAUGUAUAUCUGUGUGACUGUGUGUUUGUAUUUGUGUGCUUGUAUGUUUCCCACAAUCCUACUCAAACUCCCUUCUCAAGCCAUCAAAGUUAAGGGGCUACAAACCGGGAUGCUACCAUAAUUACUGGUGUCUGGGUCUCUGGGUAAAUGGUGUAUGCAGAUCCCAUUAUAGUCCCACAGAGAGGUAGCGUCUAGGCGGUGGUUGGUGAUGUGUUGGUUGUCCCAUGUGCGUUUUUCAUGGGUGCCUUUUCCCCACAAUUUACUCUAUUCCUAAUCCUCCUCCCUCUAGUGGCCACCAAUGCAAUUCUUUACCUCUGGCUGGGAGAGCAGGACAGUUGGCUUCCUUCAAAGCCAACACCCUUGCUGCUGCAUGGA